ACGGGGCUUGUUGAUGAGUUUCAACAUGGCGAAAGGCUUCAAGUCCAGUUCUAACAACUAAACAAUAGUAGAAUAGUAUGGCUGCAGUUGACGCGGCAGUUCUCAUCGGACUGUGUGAUGGGGAAAUCGAUUCAAAGCGAUAUCCGAUGUCUUACUUGACGAACAAAAUUGGCGACCAACCGGACAAGCUUCCAGUGAUAUCAUGGCAACGACCACGCUGUGGUCUAUGCAGCGCGGUCAUGGCCCAUGUGGUGCAGGUGUACUGCCCCCUAGCGGCGUCUCCCUACCACCGCACCCUGAAUGUGUUCGCCUGCCCCGGGCCACAGUGCAGUGGACAACCGGAGAGCUGGAGGGUUCUGCGUUCUCAGUGUCUAGAAUCAGAGGUCAGAACCAACCAUGUGGUCCAACCUCCAGGCCACGCCCCAGUUAAAGAGGUUCCCAUGACAACCACAUACUGGUGUGAUGGGACUGAUGACUGGGGCGAGGAAGAGGACAAGCAGGAGGGGGGAGAUGGAUGGGACGAGGCCCAGAACCAAGCUCAUAUAGGGGGAGAGCAUCCUGAGAUCCUCUUACUCACCGGGACCUCCUUUGAGCUGGAUGUGAGCGGCAAGCUUCAGGGACUCAGUCUGGAAGGAGGAGAAAAGGUGGUGGAGGAGGAAGGGGAGGUAACGGGUAACAUCCCUACCUACAGACCUUUCUACAUCAGUGUGGUGGAUGAGACGGACCUGGGUGGUCAGUCAGACCUGGAGCACGCUGAGAGUCUGCUGAGGGAGUACGAGCAGAGAGAGGGAGUAGGGAUGAUCGGGAACACUGAGGGGGGAGGAGGGGAGGAGAGGUACGAGAAGGACAACCCCAGACAUGGAGACGCAGUGUUCUCCCGCUUCAUGAAGAGGAUCUCUGUGUGUCCGGAGCAGGUGUUGCGGUACAGCUGGCACGGGUCUCCUCUCUUCUUGUCUGACCCCCCCUCGGACCUGCCUUGGAUUAAACCUGGCUGCUGUCACUGUGGAGGAAUCAGGGUGUUUGAGUUACAACUGAUGCCUGCUCUGGUCAGCCUGCUGCGGAGGACAGACACUGGGUCAAGGUCGGCGGUAGAGAUGGGGGAUGUAGAGAUGAAUGCGGGGCUGGAGUUUGGUACUGUGAUGGUGUUUACUUGUAGAAACAGCUGUUGGUCGUCAGGCUCAACCUCACCUGUGGAAGAGUUCAUCUAUCUACAGGCAGAUCCAGACCAGAAACUCUUCAAAUAACACUCGGUUUCCAUCCACAGUUUUUAUGCGAGCGAAGUGAUCAUAUUUUUGUUAAGACAUGGUGGAAUGUUUUUGUGUAAAAUUAAAUAUGCUAGAAAUACCUUUUAUGUGCAAAUAUUGGUAUAAUAACAAAGUAAACUUGGGAGUCGUGAUGAUAUGGUGUGUGGUCCUCCCACCACGACUCGGGAAAGCAUUUAUUAGGCUACAGAUGAAAUGAGUUAUGAUGAACAUCAUUGGGGGGUGGCACAAGGUGAUGAGGUUGAUGAUCUUUUCCAAUAAAUAUCGGGGGUCUUAUUCUGAUGAUAUGAUGAUUAAUGCUUGACUGCUGUUUGCCAAAUAAAAAUAUUAUCACUCUUAUCCACUAUAAUGUCAUCAUGUAGAGUAGCCUACCAGCACUGAGCUGUUGGCUCGAGAGCAGGUGCCAAGAUCAGAGUAGGCCCAUGCACUAUUUUAACGCAACAGUCUUUGUGACAAAACUAUCAUUAGAGUGAAAAAUGCAUUGGAAACACAUUGAACUUUACAUUUUGAUUCGGUAGAUGAAAUUGCUCUGCCAUUUCCUGGUUGCAGAAAAUUCGAAUAGUUUGUUUAAUUUCAGUUUAUGUGACAAAAACAAGCAGUCAUUGUGUAGAGAAUCUAAACCGCUGUGAAAUAUAUUUUCCAAUGACCAUAAAUAUUGUAUCUUCAGCCGUUUGAAGCUGGUGUACAAAACCGGCAAGUAAAAGACGCGAAGACGAAACUUAGGCAUGUGAAGCAUAGAAAUAGCAUGCAUAGAACAGAUCUAUCGCCCCUUAGACUGGCUUCCAAUGAGAAUGACAGAUCUACCACCCCUUAGACUGGCUUCCAAUGAGAAUGACAGAUCUACCACCCCUUAAACUGGCUUCCAAUGAGAAUGACAGAUCUACCACCCCUUAGACUGGCUUCCAAUGAGAAUGACAGAUCUACAACUCACAUUUCUAUGUGAAUUUGACCGGCCACCCAAAAAGUGACAUAUUGCAGCUUCAAGCGAAACAUUUAUUUUGUGUUCAGUACGUCAUCACGUUCGGAUUGAUAUCCGCACAAAAGUCCGUUUGGCGGAAACACCACUGGUGGGAAAAUAUAUUAUCUUCAUGCAGAUUCACAUGAACAACGUAGCCUAUUGAAUAACGUAAUGGAAGAAUAUGUUUCUUGCUUUGUUUUGGAAAGAAUAAAGAAUUCAGAAAGUUAAACAUUGUUUGCCAAAAGAAAUAAUGCAUAAAAUAAAGACAAACAUUGAAAAAUUAAAAGAGCCUGAGUAGAAACUGGAGAACGUUCUCGUUUUCACUACCUUGGCUAAAUUAUAGAGACCUUCUGUAAUGAAACAGAAUCCAUAGGAGGGCGCUGACAUCACAGCUGUUGAUGUUGAGUUCUAUAGUUGCCAUGGUGCCAUAAUAGCAGCCUAAGCACAGAGCUCCUGUAAAUUUGUACAUAUUUUGUUAUUUUUAGGUGUUUUUCAUAGUUUUUUUUAUCAGCUCUUUUGUUUUUGAUAACAAUGAGUUUUUAUUGCAUAUAUCUGGUGUUUUUGAGCCACAGAUUUGCAGGUUGACUGACAGGUUAACACCUUUUGGUUUGGCGAACAAGCUUUUGUUUGAAAAAAAAAAUGCAUCUGGACACAGUACUAUCUUUGUUAUUUCAUCUGGCUGCCAAUUGCAGAUCUUUGGAGAACAUAAUAUAAGGAGUGGCCUGAAGCGUGAUAAGAAUGGGAGACAGAGGAAUACAACAGUGCUGAGGCAGAGGGCUCAUAGUGGGGAUGACUGGCUACUAUUCUGAACUGAGUGUGGUGAGCUUUCUGGAGCCCGGGGUGGCUGAGGGCAUUAGCCAAGUGACUCUUACCCCGAUUUGGAAGAGUUUGACUUAACCCUCUACCAGAUCACCAGCAGACUCUAUCAUCUACCAUCCUCUGACCAGCUCUCUCUGCUCAAGCUAUGAUCUGACCCUCUCUAUCUUCAGCUGAAGCAGCUUUCAAAGACUUGGCCUUUAUUGGUUGACCUGUCAUGACAUAUUGCUUGUUUGUUGUUUUGCUUUGAAGUGCUAUGAAAAGCAUUAUAGAAGUACACUAAAUGGUGAUGAUUAUUGUUGUUGCACAGUCAACUGAGCACUGUCUACUGUACAAUCUUCACCUUUCUGGCUUUGUUGAUGAAUUUCUCUGAAUGUAAUGUCGCCUCUAUGUGGGGAAAUGAGAGCCUGAUUUGUAGGCUAUUUGGCUUCAACGUCUUCAUUUUAAUUACUAACAACAAGAUGGCUUUGUGUUGGAGCCCAUUUCUUCCUAUUUAAUAAAUAACAGUUAGGCCUACCUGUUGACAGACAUAUUAGUCUACAGGCUGCUAUAUCCAUAGAUUUGUCAGGUUACACCUCAUAUUUUAUUUUAUUUUAUCUAUCUGCUUGUUUGUAGGUGACCAAAUACUUAUUUUCCACCAUAAUUUGCAAAUAAAUUCAUUAAAAAUC